AUGUCAGAAGAACAACAACAUAUAAAUAUAAAUAAUGAAUAUUGUCCAAUAACACGUUUAUCUUAUCCAUUAUCUUAUUUAACUAAUAUAAAUGAAGAUAUACGAGGUGAAUUAGUACAUUCUAUUAUUGAUUAUCAACAAUGUCAUAUAAAACAAGAACAAUCUAUGAAUAUAUGUGCAGUACCAAAAAAUGUAUGUUGUGUUUGUUCUAAUGAAAAUGAUCUACAAUCAUUACAUUCUGAUAUACAAGUAUUAUGCGCUACUCCAGGUUGUAAAUAUAAUGGUCCAAUACAUAGAAAAUGUUUAGAACAUUGGGAUGCAUGUUGUGAUUUCUAUUGUCAUUUAUUGAAUAAUUCAUUCAAUAAUUCAUUAUUACAAACAUCAUCAACAUUUGAAACAAGUUCAACAAUAAAACCAACAGUAUCAUCAUCAUCAUCAUCAAUUCUAUCAAAUCUCAAUGAUUCACCUUUACAUAAAUCAUUUAUGGAAGGUUUGUUUCGACUAUAUGAAUGUCCAGCAUGUGGUCAAUAUACAUUAUAUAGAUCAUCAAUUCAUUCAACAGUAUCUUCCACUUCUACUACUACUGGUCAAACACCACAAACAUUAUCGUCUACAACAUCCAAUCAUUUUACAAGUGUUUUAUGCGCUAUUCAAUAUGCCACUGAAAAAUUAAAUCAAUCUGAAAAUUCAAUUCAAUCAACAUUAUUACAAUCUGAUCCAUAUUCACAAUGUAAACAAUAUACCUCAAAUUCACCAGUGGAUUAUAUUGGAUCCAUGGAAUUAUCACCAAAUUUCUUAGAUGAUUUAAAAUCUCAAUCGAAAAUACCCAUAACAAAUUCAUCGACAACGGGUAGGUCACAUUCCUAUGUUCAACCACCAUUGAUCACAGAUCGGUUCAGUGAUAUUUUAAGACGAUUUUCAUUAAAUCGUGAAACAAAUGAUCCUACUAAAUUUUCAACUAGUAAUACAUCAAGUAGUAUGAGUAGUGGAUAUCACAGUGGUUUAUCAACCGGUGAGCAUACUGUUGAUCCUAGUCGCCGUUGUAGUGAUCAAUUCAUGUUAUCAAUGAAGGGUGAAGAUAUUAUGAAAGGGAAUGAAGAUAAUUGUAUACCAUGGGGAAUUACAAAUAUUCAAACAGGUCAAUCAAUACCAAGAGCAUUAAUUAAAGGGAAAUUAUCAAAUGAUGCAACUAUGUUAGAUGAUGUUAUCAAGUAUUCGAUUGAUUCAUCUAUGCCAACAACAAGAAAGAGUUAUUCAUCAACUGUAAACGUGGAUGAUCUUUUUGAUAGAAGUUUAGAUACUACUUUGAAUAACAAUACUACUAACAACAAUGACAACAACAACAACAAUAACAAUGUUGGUAACACUAAUCUUAUGAAUAGACCUCUUUCAGCGAUUGGUAGUCGACGUCAUCAUUCUACAUCUGAUGGUUCUGGAAAUAUCAGCUCUUCAACUGUUGGAGGUACUACUAAUACUACGAUGACUAUUACGACGACGACAACGACUACAAAUGCUUCUUAUCAUCAUAAUGUUAAAUCGAAUUCUGUAUGGUCAAAUGAUUCAAUUAGUAAAUCGAGAAUGACACAGUGGCAUGGUAAUAGUAAUGUUGAAACGAAAAUGAAAAAGAUUGUUAAUACUAAAGGAAAUAUAUUUCUACAAAGGAAUGAUUUCAAUGUAUUCAUGAAUUUACCAAAUCAUAAACAAAAUGCUUAUUUUAUUCAAAUGGAUGAUGACAGUUGUACAGGAAAUGAAGAUACACGUGCAUUUCUAUUAGCACAAUUAACAAAUCAUCGAGUUUCUGAAGUCUACUGUUUAGCAUGUCAACAAAUUUUGCCUAUUUAUGAUCAUUUCCCUGUAAUAGAUGGUAUCUUUUUCAUCAGUCCAUUAUGUCAUCGUUCUAAUGAAGGUCAUCGUAAGGGUGGUGGCCUACGGGUUACUUGGCAUACAAAUGGUAUACAGAAUCAAUCUGUUCAACAACAACAACAACAACAACAACAACAGCAACAAACUCAUCGAGCACACAAUACUACUACUAACAACAUUGAUAACAGUAGUAUCAGUAACCAUUUAAUUUCGUCGACAAAUGAUUAUCAAUCUAUAAAUGAAGUAGCUUUGAAACUUUUAGCUCCAUUAAAGAUUAUCUCACCACCACCUGGUUGUCUUGGACCUAGGCAACAAUUAAAUUCAACACAGCAUAAUAUGAUUAAUACUGGUACCGUUGGGGGUGGGGGCUCAAAUCAAGGUGCUGCUAAUAAUAAUAGCAAUAGUAAUAUACCAUCUAGAUUUUCAACAAAUCAUUCAUCUACUAGGCAAUGCCGUUAUUUACAUGCUCUAUGCAUGAAUUGUAUGCAUUCAGAAAAUUUGAUUGCCACUGGUCGAGUAAAUGAUUUAAAAUGUAUUAAAUGCAAAAUUUGUAGUAAACCUUGGUCUGGCACUUCAUUACUAGUUGGUGGUCUUUAUACUUAUGAUAUAUUUGCUGCUGUACCAUGUUGUUCAGCUCAUUUAACAUGUGGUUCAUGUCAAUCACGUUUAGAUAAUUUAUCACUAUCAUCCAAUUCAACAAUAUCGUCCUCCACCCUAACAACAACAACAACAACAACAGCAAAUACAUUACAAUUCUCAUCAAAUGAUCUACCUCAUCACCAUCAAUAUCAUGAUCAGAAUCAAUAUUCAAUCAAUAAUAUUGAUCAAUCUAUAAAUAAUCUUACAAUUAAAUCUUAUCCAUUAAAUUAUUUUAGUCAAUAUAGUAAUUUAAUUAUUUGUCCAUAUUGUUCUAAAGUGGAUUAUCAUUUUGUUAAAUUAUUUGAAGAUUAUUAUGAAGUAUCGUAG